CGCGAACGUCCGUAGAAGAACCAGUGGCAUAAAAGAGACAAUGUAAACCUUGCCCUUCCCAAAGAUAUGUACUAACUAAAAUGCACUUCAUUCUGCUUCUCGUAUUUUUCUGCUCCGUGGCUCCCCGUACUGCCCUUUCUAUUUCCCAGGGUCCUCUUUCGACCUCGGGUCGUUGGAUUGUCGAUGCCCAUGGGAAGAAUGUGACCUUUGCGGGCGUCAACUGGCCUGGAGCUGCCGACGCCAUGUUGCCCGAAGGAUUACAGUAUCAGUCCAUCGAAUAUAUCGUCGACAAGAUCAAAACGCUGGGGAUGAACGUCGUCCGUCUCACUUUUGCAGUCGAGAUGAUCGAUGAUAUCCUAGACACGGGACGAGAUGUGCCUAUUCAUGACUCACUGGUCAAUGCCCUAGGUGAGAAGAAUGGCACGAUAGUCUUCAACAAUAUUGUCCAGCAGAAUCCGCAGUUCGGAGUCAAUACCACGAGACUUGAGGUUUUCGACGCAGUAGCCAAUGAGUGCUAUCGUCAAGGGAUCUACGUGCAUUUGGAUAACCAUAUUUCUAAAGCUAUGUGGUGUUGCUCCGGGACAGAUGGCAACACAUGGUUCGGAGACCGGUAUUUUGACGUGGCAAAAUGGUACCGGGGGUGGGAAUAUAUGGCUGAACAUGUUAGAUCUCUUCCUGCCGUCAAAAGUGUUGGAAUGCGAAACGAGCUCCGUAAAGCAGAGGAUAAUCCGACCUUGAUCGACAGCACGUAUAACUGGCAGUAUUGGUACCAGUACAUGGUUGAGAACUCCAAUCGAAUCCAUGCGGUGAACCCUGACCUUUUAAUAUAUUUCUCGGGCCUCGAUUAUGAUACGCGGCUCAGUCCCAUACCCACCGGUGAGGAUCUGGGGAACGGCAUUGCAUUCCACAAGAGCGAUUUUCAAUAUGCCGACAAGAUUGUGCUUGAGCUGCACAACUAUGAGCGCACGGCAACAAGCUGUGACGACCUCAAGUCAAGCUUAUGGGCAGCGGGCUUCAAUGCCCUGGAUACCCAGAACUCAAGUAUUAUAAACACCAUGCCGGUCCAGAUGACAGAGUUCGGUUUCCCGCAAGAUAGCACCACAUAUACAGAUGUCUAUGCGUCUUGCCUGAGGGAGUGGCUGCCCAGUCUCCAAGCGGGAUGGAUGGUUUGGGUGGUCGCUGGUAGCUAUUAUGUCCGUAAGGGAGUUCAUGAUGACGAUGAGAAAUGGGGACUGCUGGACCAUACAUGGUCGGAUUGGCGGUCAUCCGACGCGAUUCAUAAAGGACUGAUUCCCAUGGUUCAGGCGACGCUGGGGUAAAACAGAGGAUGUUCUAUUCACAAUGUUGUGGCUUCUGGAUAGCAACAAGCAGACCAUUAACAUCUUAAACGCGCCAGAUGCCAUCACGACCAAGCAGUCUUCGAAUUGCCGAAGAGGCUUUCUAGCUUGAACCCAAGAAGUGGAUGAUGUUCCAAUCCCUGAGCAAUUAACCAUCAAAGAUCUGUAGCUACUAAGCCGUGAUUUU